AACUUUUUCAUUCACUUGUAAAAUGCCAUUGUAUUGAUUGUCUUUGUCUGUUGCGUAUGUACAUUGUAUUUUUAUUUUAUUGUAGCAAGGUUUUUUCCAUAUUUUUGCACUUUAUUUACAUAUGUAAAAAAAAUAGUUACCGUUAGAGAGGUUACAUUCCAGCCAUCAGCUGUCAGCAGUCUGAACUGUAAAUCAGGGUGUGUUCUCUUCUGUAUAAUAACAAACAAUAGUUUUAGCAGUUUAUGUUGCUGAUCGUCCAACGUCAUCGUUGAAUGUGUGUUUUAAUCGUGCAACGUAAACAAAAUAACUCGUUAACGUGUUUCGUGAGUGCGUCGUUAUUACGUCAUGGCAGUGACAGUAAACAGUGCUAACAAGAAUGUUUCGAAAUACAUUAAAUAGUGAUUGAUGUAAGUUUUCAUAUGACGAUUGCCCUUAUGUAAUAAAAAUAGUAGCCAAAUAUUGAGGCAUGUCGUAAAUCAGUUCUUUAGGCAAUGCGUCGCGUAAAAAGUAAAAGCAGGUUAAAGACCUGUUGUUACCGUCAGCAGUAGAUAAUAUGCCUCUUAAAUAUCCUGAGACAUAAUCGUAGAAACAGAUGUAGCUGAGUAGAAAUUGUGCAUCCCACCAUCAGCACCUUCAGGAUGCUAUUUAGUUUACACCGGGAACAGACAAUGUAGGAGCCAAGUUGCAUUUUAACCGUUUUGGACUUUAGCUUUAUAAUGUAAAUAACAUUUUUUACAUUUGUGAGCACUUUGGGUGUAAAUGAUGACAGAAAUGAUCCCAGUGAUUCAAAUCUGAUGAUGGCAUAUAGGCCACCUCGUGAACUUAGAGGCAGAAUUGAAAAUAUCAGAAAAAAAUUUGAAGGUGGAACUGAAAUUUCUCUGCCUCCGGUGAAACCUCUUAAUCGGCCUGAUACCUGCGCCAAGAAACAGCAGAAAACUGCUGGGAAAGAAGCAAUUUCAGAUCUGCACAUAAAAGACAGCGCAUUGCGUGUGGGGGUUGCAUCUCCUCAAGGUGGUGGAAAAAUUAGAGAGAAGUGGGAUCAGAGUAAUUCGUCCACGAAAUCACACAUCAGACGAACGCCAGCAUUUCGUUGUGACAAGAAUAUAGUAGCAAAAGACUUCUCAGGUGGCAGUGGUAAGGUAGACAAUGCUUUAUUCAAUACAAAAGUUAAAAUAUUCGAAGCAGAGCAGAAAGAAAACUUAAAUACAAACAAAUCAAAGGAAAUAUCAGUUCCCACUAGAAAUACAUGUUUUAACCCACCAAGAAAUACUUUUCGUAGUAGGGCUAAUGCUGUACAAUGUGUCAUUAAAACAAUAGCAGAACUGGAGAACAAAAAGAAUGGAGACGUCCUACUCCCAACUUCUAAUGGUAGGAAUCCAGUGACACAGAGUUCAUCACAUGCUGUUAAAAAUCAGCAGAGAGAUCAAAAAAGUGGGACAGUGUCUGUAGCAGAGCUUAAAAGACAUGACCCUGAUGACAGCAUAAAGCAGCAAAAGGUAGACACAUGCACACCUAAGCCCAAGCCAAAAUCAAUUGAUAUACAGUCAAAUUGUAAUUUACAGGGUAUCAGUAACACUAAGGAUACUAUUGAGCCUCUAUUUAGCCAAUAUGAGUGUGAUGAAGUUACAAAGCAGGUUGGUGAUACUGCAAGCGAGACUAGCUGCAAAAUAGUGGAAGAUAAUACUAUUAAUAACAAAUGUUUUAAAGGUGGUGUUCACAAAAGAAAUGCGUCAGACUUGAGCAAUAAUUGUGCACUUGAAUUAACAGACAGUUUGAGAGUUGCCUUGAAAUCACCACUUCCCCAAGGCCCUCCUCCAAAGAAGCCACCAAGAACUUUUGCCCAUUCUCCAGCAACAAAAAGUAAAGUUCAGGAGAAAGUCAUUCAGUUUAGUGCAACGAAGGAAAACAAUGCAUCUCGACCAGUCCCAAGCAAGCCACAGCGUUCUAGGACUGAGCCCCUUCUGAUGCUGAAGAAAUUAGAAGAUGCCCUUAUAACACACCAGCAGAAAGGUAUUGCUGUAAUUACCCCACGUGUGCCAUUAGCUAAUUUUACAGAUCAGGAUAGAGGGACCUCAGGUAGCCGUGCAUCUGUUGCCCAAUCACCAGCUGUCGUCCAACCGCCACCAGUAGUGGCAGAGACAUCAUCUGUGCUAAGUAACUGUCUCAGUUCCCUAAAUUGUGCAACAAACACCAAUCUCUUGUACUGUCAGACUCACUUCUAUGAGAAACCAGCUGAAAGACUGAGCAAAUUCUUUGUUGAUGUUGCUACAAACCGAAGAAAAUUGGACAGUGAACAUGGGUUAUAUGGUACAAUUCAGAAGUCAUACAGUGAGGAGCAUAUUUAUGCAGAACCAUUUUCAUGUAGUGAAGAUCAGACCAGGAAUGUUCAACAGGUUCAGAUGAACAAAUGUGCAACCCUUGGAAGGAAGCAGGCAAAACCAGUUAAAACCUUGUCAGCUUCUGCAGAACAUCUGAAUUCUAGUGACUCCCCAGCUUCCCAUGACACUCUACAUUACAUGUGUACACCUAUUGCCACAGAUGUGCCACCUCCAGCAGUAUUUGAAGCCAUUAACAAAGACUUGCUGUCCCAGACCAUUAAGACUGGUGCUGGAUCACUAUCAAAACGGAACCGUGUUCUUAUUCAAGAGCAUAACACUGAAGACCUUCUUGUUAAAUUGGAGGAUACAGAGAGGGAUACAGUAGCGGGGAAAGGAGAAGCUGGUACUUUCAGCCGAAAGCAACCCCUGCUUCGCCUAGCAACUAUUGUCAGAAACACUGCUAGUCCGACGCCUGCCAGCGUCAGCAACAUCCUACGGCCACCUGACAGAUUUAAGAUACAACUAGUUAUGAACCAAGCCUUUGGUUCUCCACUGCAAGGAGUUCCAACAACACCUGUUGAAGAUGAUGAUGGUGACCUAUUUGAAAAAGAGAUGCCAUCCCUUGGCACAGUAAGCAGCAGCUCUGCUGAUAAUAAUGAUGAGAAAGGAGAACAUAGAUUAAAAAUUCCAACAGAAGAUUCGGAAGAAACCCCAUUGCCAAAUACGGAUUUAUCAAGACUGACAGAGGAACGAAAAGUAUAUGUGCGGCGAGUAUCAAGUCAUGUGUCACAAUUGACUCGGAGAGCUGCAAAUCGCUACAGAGAAAGUCACUACACACAUCUCUUUGACUGUGCUCUGCUUAUUGGUCUCAACCUUGAUUGUGAGAAGAGGGUAAAGGUUCCUUAUAUCAAGUCCAAAUAUCCCCCUCAGGUUGAAGUACCACCUAUGCUGGAGCAUUUAUGUUUCCCUGAUGCUCUUGAGUGGCCCCCAGCACCAGCCUCUCAGAAUGAGGAUCAGAUGUACUCUUUGGUUAUUACAGCAGAGGAUGGAUCAAGAACUUUUGGCUACUGUCGACGUGUCAUGCCAGAGGGAGCACCAAUCUGUCUUCCACUUGCAUACUGCCUCCUCAGCACACACAGAGCACGUGGCUUCUUCUCUAAGGUGUUGCAGGAACUUGAGUCUCGUCAUGGCCAGCCAGAAUGGCUCCAAACGGCUUUUAUAAAGGAACUAUUUACCUGUGAGUUCCCUUUACCUGGACAGGGUUUGCGUUGCCAUAGUACCGGUAAAGCAACAGAUACUGGAUUGGUCAGCACCGUAGCAUCAAAUCUUCGUCGGCCAGCAGAUACUCGCAUGGAAGAUCAUGAUCUUUGUCAUCUUUUCUCAGCCCUGCCCAUUCAUAUUGUACUACAAGUGUUUGGAACUGCAUUGCUGGAGAGGAAGAUCAUUUUUCUCAGCAGCUCACUCAGUAAAUUAUCAGCCUGCAUUGAAGCACUGGAAGCAAUGUUGUAUCCCUUCUCAUGGCAGUACACUUUCAUAACAAUACUGCCAUCCUCAAAACUGGAAGUUUGUGAAGCUCCAACACCUUAUAUAAUAGGUGUUUUAAAAGGAAAAGAAGGGUCUAAACCAGAUAUAAAAAUGGAUGAGGGUGUCAUUGUGGAUUUGGAUGAAGGGCGAUUGUGCUGCAGUGUUGGAGAUGAAAGCACUAUUCUACCAACCCGACUGCGCCGCUGCUUAAAAGUGGCACUUCAGCUUGUAACAGCACAAGAAAGUGAUGCCUCACGCAAUGUACUUAUCUCUGAAGCAUUUCUUCGCAUGUUUGUUGAAGUCUGUGGACACUACCAAACAUAUAUUGUUACACAACAGGACGGCAGACGAAUGUUUGAGCGUGAGUCUUUCAUAAAAGCUGUCCAGUCACGAAGUGUACAGAUGUUUUUAGAAUGGUUCACAGAGACAGCGAUGUUCUCAGAGUUCAUUACUACACGAGUUGAACAACAGUCUGAGGCAAAAGGUAUGUUUGAACAGCGAGUUGCUGAACACAUUGAGGAAAUGGAAAAAAACACUGUAUUGUUCCUUCGAAAUUACAAAGGAAUCAACAAGAAAGUAAAAACAUUUGGAGAUCGCCUCAAAGACUGGACGCCCUUCUCAUAAACAGACCAAAGAUUUUAGAAGCUGUGCCUGAGUGUUUGGCUGAUUGAAGAAAAGUGCCAUGUGGCAUUCUAUUCUGCAAGAAAACUGACUGAAUCUCAAAAAUUGUUUGAGUUUUAUUUUUCCUCUAAAGUGCAGUACAAAAUGUAGUUUUGGUUAUACCAAAACAUUAGUGCCAUCUGCCACCACCCCUGCUUACUCAUCCUGUAGCUUUAUGUGCUCUGUCUCAUUUUACAUGUAAUCUAUAAUAUUACUAUGUUUUUUUUCUUUUUGGCAUGUUACAUUUAUCAGACAAAAUGUUUUUAUCUUAUUUGUGUUGAUAGGGAUGUAUGAUGUAGCAGAUGUAUGCCAUGAAGUUUAUUUAUGUGGAGAUCUGUCUGGUUUGUGUGUUGUUGACAUUGUCAUUGACUCAAAUAUAAUGUGGAUAAAUGGCAUUAGUUGUAAACUUGUGUGUAUUUUAGUAUUUGUUGGAAUACUGUAAAUGGUUAAUGUUUCAAUAUUUUAUAGUGUUUCAGUUCUAUUUGAUUCUAUUAUGAAAAUCUCAAAGUUUCACAUAAAAAGUUGUUGUGCAACUUAGUGCAUACUGUUGAGUGUUAAUUUAAACCAUCACAUGUCGGAGGCCUUUCUUAUAUUUAAUUUAUUUUGAAAUCAUGUCUCAAAAGAGUGCACUGCUUAGAAUCCAAGUUAUUAAAGGUACCUGUUUGUUAGAUCAGUAGCAUAUGUUCCUGUCUGGUGCUGAUUUAAUAUGUUUUACUGAUCGAUUUGAGUGUUUAUAAAAUUAACAGAAGACCGAAGGGCAGUCCAGCAUUGAACUUUCACCGGUGAUGAAAUUCAGAAUACUUCUGAUAGAAAAAAGACUUAGAUUUUGAGCCAAUUAUUGCUUGUCUCUGGGGAAAGGGGGGAGGAAGAGGGAUAUGAUGGUGAAAGUUAGAAAGGAGGGGCAGACCCCUAAGUCCCAGGAUAAAAGUGAGCCACCUAUCUAUUGGCAAAAAUAGUAAUAAUAAUUUCACCUCAUAAUGCUAAAUAGUGGCAGGCCAUCCUGUCUCCUUGUAAUUUUAUAAUUUUCUCAAGAGAAUUUGGGUGUAUGUCUUACAUUUGUUCAAAAUUUACAAACACUUUCCAUGUUAAUAGUUAACCCCAGUAUCUGCACUAUUUUGGGAUCUUUUUUUCUGAUAAUGUGUGAUGUGGAGUGUGGUGUACACCACAUAAUUGUUUACUUUGGCUCUCUCUGGUAAAUAGUGUUUUGUUGAUUACAUGUGCUUCACUAGUGAAGUUCCUGUUAUAUAAAUGCUGUAUGCUCUCAAAAAUUUAUUUGCUAUUAAAAUGAAAAGGGAGACAUAGAACUUUAUAACCUUUAGAUUAAUAAAACUUAAGUGCUUACAGAGUGACUUGAGCAAUAAACGUAAGUCAGUGCAAUGCCAAAAUUCUAAAGUGUACUUUAGUUAGCUGCAGCAGGAAACAGUAUUACUCCAGUGAAUAAAGAAUAUUUGACAGUAUAGAGCUAUGUUGAACUAAGAAAUUAUUAUGAAAUUUUCACUUCCUUUUCUGUAAAAAUCCAUUUAACAUGACUACAGCCUUAUAUUAAACUGUUGUGUUCUGUCAUUUGAUAUGUGUUUUUGAGAAAGCCUAAGUGUCAUACUUUAGCUAUUACUAUACAUAUAAAGACUCAGCAAAGCUUUAAAUCAAACAUUAUUCUUUCAUAUACUGAUUAGGGUUAUGGUCUCGGAUAAAGAUUUUCACAAAAAUGCAUGUGUUUGAAGAACUCUUGGCAAACCGAAAUCUUGCAGUAGUAAUUAUGAAAUUACAUCAUAACAAAGGUCGGUACUGCACAGCAAGUGUAAUGUGUACUUGCACAAUAACAAUUGGAUUAUAAAUGGUUGGUGUGGAGGGUAACGGACGGGGAUUUAAUGUGAGAGGCAACUUACUUAUACAUUUAGUGAGCAGCUCACUCAUAUGAAAAUAGUGGACAGAUUUCUUAUUUAUGAAUGGACAACUUACUUGCAUAUGGAGCGGGCAGCCUUUUUACAUACAGAGUGGACAACCUUUUUACAAAUGUAGUGUGCAGCUUACUUAUUUCUCUGCAGGCAGAGGUAGUAUCAGAGGAGACUGCUGUCAUUAUAAACCAGUUUACUAGUCAUAGUAGCCAUACUUUGACAUUUGGAAGAGAUCUUCCAACUGUUAUGUACAUAGGUAGCAAAUGUUAUUCCAUUCAGAUCUGAAGACUCCUUUUUAAGGCAUCACAUUAUACAUAUCCAUCAUUGUUAUAGUAUUCAUGUUACAGUUAUUAACGAAUUUGUACUGAUAUUAGGUCAUCUGCAUAAAGGAAGUUUAUUUAUGUAGUAAAAGUAUUGUUGUAUCUAGUUAUAAUUUUAGGUAUAUGUUACUUGUGUAAUAUAGUGGAGAUUGACUUACUAUCUUUAUUAUGUUUACUGUAAAAUAUGCUGUUGUGCUUAUUGUCGGGGUAAAAAGGUCUUUGUUUGGUGCUCUGGUGGGUUCGUGUAGUACUUAAAUGACAAUAUUCACAGUAUGUCAAACAUUUAUACUUUUUACUAGUAUCAAUUGUAAUAUACAUUCUUGUUCGUAUCUUGCUUCAUUUCAAGUGUAAGUGAUGUGUUUAUACAUUUUAUGUAGUGAAAGAAGGAAGGAGACACACUCUUUUAAGUGCAAAAAAAAUUAGUUAUUAUAGGAUUUCUGUUACAGGUAUCCAUUCCAGAAUCCCAGUCAUUUUGGGCCAUUUGAAUGUAAUUGUAAUUUAAGAAUUAUUUAAUUUCAAUAUCCUUAACUUACAGAUAUCCACAAAUGGUCCAAAAGAAAAAAGUCAUGCAUAUACAUCAUUGUCACAAGUGCACUUUCCUCAAAUAGUUGAUUAACGUACUAACUCUUAUUAUCUAAAGAUGUAUAGGAUAAGUACAUUUACCAUAGUGGCAAUUAAUUUCCCCCACUUAAUGUUUCAGUCUAAUAUACAUUUAUUUUCUUCAUUACAUUUAAUAUCUUUGAUGGGAUUUCUCUGAUAUGUCUAUUAAGCAAGCUAUUGAGAAGACUUGCACAGUGCCCUAUAGAUUGGUAUGUCCAUGCUUUGAAUUUGUUACCAACCAAACUGUAAAAUGUGCAGAAUUUUAACAGUCAUAAAUAGCUUGAAAGAGUUACUCAGAUAAAUUUAAUUUGCCUCAACUAAUCAAUUCAAGAACAUUGUGCCCCGCACAUGACCUGAAAAUUGCUCACUAUUGAAUUACCAGAGGAUGUAAUAACUUUGCUGUCAGUUACUGAUAACUCCAUUUACUAAAUACCUUUCUGUUACCAGGCAUAAACUAUUGAUUAAAAUUUUGGUUCAUCAUUAGUAAUCUCUUUAAAAUGUAUUUUUUCUUGAACAGAUGAACUGUACGCAGUUCAAGCAGUAAUUUCUUUAAGCCAACCUUUUAUCAUGUUUCUUCCUAGUGUGUUUCUUUUUUGUGUUCUGAUUUUUAUUGUUUUUUCUUUUUAUAUUUCUGCAGUUGUAGACAUUGUGCAUGCCAUGGAAAAAUCAAACCUCACGAAAGAACAGCACAUGACUCUUCGCAGGGCAAGAAAAUUGAAAAAGUGGGAGACAAUGUCGAAGAAAAAGUGGGUGGAAGUUAGGAACACUUUUGAACCACCAACUUUCUCUCAAUAGCAACAAAAAGUUAUAGAUGAGCUUUACUGAAUUUCUGUGCAGCAUUAAAAAAAGAAAACAAAUCUGGCUUGCUGCAUAGUUGAAAAUCUUAGCUCCUGAAUUUUAUUUAUUUUCACCAUCAUGAGGACUGAUCACUUUUUAUAAACUGCAUUUCUCUUAGUGGUCCAUCAUAGCUCCUUUUACAAGGGAAUCCAUUCAUUCUACAUUACUCUUUUCCCCUAAGUUGCGGUUCCUGUCAAAUACAUAAUUUUUUGUUCAUCUGCUUUACUUAUUAGCCACUUCAUUUCUUCAUGUAGCUUAUAAAAUACACCACAGCAGUCAGUCACAUCUGCCAUCAGGGGAUAGUCUGUUAGACUUAGCUCCUCUUAAAGACUGCUCAUACAUUAAAUCGAGCAGAAGAGACAAGGAAUUAUCUUGCAUCUCCAAGAGAGAAAGAUGUGGUGGUCGUUUUGUCUUAUCGAAUAAGCGAGACAUUUGCUCAUGUCUACUACUUGAAAGUAAAUUACUCCCACAUAAAGUAAUAUAGAGUGCUAGAAAUACUCAACAAUUUUUAUGUUCAUACAUAAAAUAAGGAAAAGGCAACCACUCACCUAUUGCAGAUUGGUGCGUGGAUCACGGUAAUACGUAACAGAAAACAGCAUUCACACUAGCUUUUGAGCACUAGUCCUUUUUCCAGCAUUAGUACACACACGCACACAGACAUCCAAAUGCACAUUACUGUGACCAAGGCAAAUCUUUUCAUGGCCACAGGAGUGUGCAUUUGGGAGCCUUCAUGGUUGUGUGUGAGAAUGUGUGUACUAUUACUGGAAAAAGAACUAGUGCUUGAAAGCUAUAGAUGAUACUGUUUUCUGUUGUGUGUUGCUGUAUUCCAUACAUCAAUCUAUUAUAGGAAGGUGGUUUCCAGGCCAUUAUUUUAUGUAUUGGUCCAUCCAGGAAUGUCCAUUACUGUUAAAAUAUUUUUAUUCGUGUACUGUACCUAUUGUACAUGCAGAAACCAUUAGUAAAGUUCCCUAGCAUAUCUCUCUUAUUUCUGACUGUAUUAAAAUGCUCAGCAUAUUUUUACAGCAUAUAUUCUUAAACUGAGGAAGGCAUACACGGACUAGAAUUUAUGCCUAUUUUAUGUGUGAAGGUUAUCACUGAAAUGAAUAUCAAACUGGAAAAUUAAGGAUGGAAUAACGACAGUAUUACAAAAGGAUAGAUUGCUAUGCAUCAUAUAGAGAAGAUGUUCAGUCACAAACAGGCACAAUGAAAAGGAGGAGGACUUUUUUCUCCAAAGGUUUAAAUGUAUAGCAGUCCUUUUGUUGUGCCAGUAUGUGACUCCCUGUCUUAUCUACAUGGUGAGUAGCAGGCUAUGUUUUUCAUAAUAUUACAUGAAUAUCCUGUAUUUAAAAAGUAUAUUGAAUAUUACAUAUUUCAAUGCUGCAGAAGUACUAAGGAAAUAGAAUAUUUUAAUUUUAAUUUUAUAGUGCCUGAGACAAUUCCUAUGCAUACAUCUGUCAGUGAUUUUUCUGUAUUGUAAUUGAGAUUGGAGGUUCUCAUUUUUAUAUGAUUACUAAUUUUUCCCAUGUGUGUAAACACAGUUGUGGAAGAUUGUCUAUUUUUUGUGUACUGUUCAGUCUUCCCUAAAGACUGGUGUCUGAUACAAUGGCGUAUUAUGCAACUAAUUUGUUAAAUUUAGUUUUGAUUUUAGUAAAUUAUUCAUUAAUGCUCGUGUAACAUGUACAAUGUCAGCAAAAGUUUAUAUUUUAUAAGAGUAUUGUACACCCAAUUAUGGCAGUUGCAACAGUUUUACAAAAUGAUGUACAGAAUUUAAAUUAAGCAAAAAAUAUUUGUGAGCAAACAAACAAAGUUUGCAUGUGUACUGUAGUGAACUGUGGAAUUGUCUGUCUACCUUUAUUCUUGAUCUUCCUAUCCCCCCCUUUUUUCAUGAAACAUUUUUAUUAAUGGUAGUCCAAUGCAUAUCUCCAUUUUUGCUUAUCAUAUUGUAGAUUUAUUUAAGUUAUUUUCAUUUAGUAAUCUUACUUCCAAAUGUGAGUGGCACUUUGAAAAUUUUAUUCACCUACAAAUAAAAUCAAGCAAAAUUUAAGAACAUCCCAUCAACUGCAAUAUAUUGGUGAAUUAGAUAAACCACCAUAAGGAUUUCAUAAUUGGGUUACAAUUUAUAGUGCAUAAAUGACUGGAGGUAAAAUAAUCAUCAUCCCAGGCAUCUCUGUUUCAUCAAAAUUGUGUAGCUGUUGCCUUUAGCAUUGCAUUAUAACACUAUCUCUCUCUCUCUAUCUCUCUCUUCCUUUCUCUCAUCAAGAGUAACACAUCAAACAUGAAACCACAGAAAAAUGUUCAGUUGCAUUAUAGGGAAAAAUUAAAUGCCAACUAUGUACGAGCAGCAAUUUUUUCCCUCACUUCCAAAGAAUAUAACAUCAGGCUAGGAAGAGCCAAGCAGCAUGGCAUGGCAAAAUUUUCGAUGUGCUCCCUCACUUUAUGCAUGUGCGCGCGCGCACACACACACAUACACACACACACACACACACACACACACACACACACACACACACACACACACACACACGCACUGAAAAUACAUUAUAGUACUAUGAGCUACGUUCUCUGAUGUUUGAAGUUAUCACUGUAAAAGCUCAGGACUGUAUUUUUCAAAUAUGCAUGAUUCAUUUGAAGUAGUGAUUGUAACAGAGCAUGCAUAGAUAUCAUAUAAUUUUCAUGCAUUCAGUUUGGUGCACUGUUGUAAUUUCCAUUAUAUUGUCAGUAUGAUAAUGUGGCCUAUUGUAUUUCUUUUAUUGAUGCAUCACUGUGAUUGUUUCCUGGAAUAUUUACAUGUUUGUUUAACACGUUUGUCAUCUUAAUUAAUUACAUUGGUUUCAUACCAAAUGGGAAUAAAUACAGUGCUCACUUAUUGGCAUGCAAGGUGAUAGCAGGUGUGCAGAGACAAAGAAUCUAGAGCUUUUGAAACACGGUUCCUAUAGCAUAGACAGGAAAAAUAACUAUAAAACUAAUGUGUUAUGAGAGACCAGAUGGGAAGGUUAAAUAGGUCCGUGAAACAAGAGAGGCAUCUUUGCAUAAAGUGGAGUGGAAUUUAAUACAGAUUCGUUAUUUCAGUCCUUUUGUAUAUGAUGAGUUACAAUAAGUGUAGGUCUGCUGUCACCUUCUGUACCAGUAAGUAGACAUUGUCCUCUCAUCAUUUAAUUUUAAGUUUUAUUUUUGACUACCUUUUCCAGAACAGAUAUUUGUUGUAAAUAAUAUUGUAGAAAUACUUAGCAACAAAAUUUUCUGUUUAAAUACAGGCAUUAUAUGUUGCAAUUUUCUCUUUGAAAAGAGGUUGUCUUUGAACAGCUUUCGUAAAUGUAAGAUCAUUUUGCUUUUUACUUCCAACAGUGUCAGAGAGAGACUGAAAACAUAGACAUGUAUUCAUACUCACCAGUGCCUUAUUUUUUGUGGAUUUUAAAUCUUAUAAUAGUAAUGUGAAUACUGUGAUUGAAAGUUCUUAAAUGUAGAAUAUUUUUCUUUAAAAGAGAAUUAAAAAUAAUUCUUUGUACAAAUGUAAUCAAAGCUUUAAACAGAAAACACAGUAUUUUUGUUGCUGCAUACAACAUUGUAUUAUUGUAAAGUAACAUUGUGAUUUAUGUUAUGGGGCAUUAAAGCUACUUUUUUUCU